GCAUCAUCUGUCAGAGCAUCUGUUUCGUAUUUGCGGUCUAGACAGUACACGGUCCACUCUUAAUCGCUAGCCAGGGGGUCUUGGCAGGUACUCAUCAUGGCUAUCGGCCUCGCUGAGCUAGCGUUAGCAGGUUUCUUCGCCUAUCUUUUCUACACAGAAACCUGGGGCAAAAAGACUGCGCUUUCGAAUGUCGCUGGGCCUCCGAGGGAAUCCUGGUUGAAAGGUAACACGCAGCGCCUCUUUCGCGAUGCAUUCGAGUAUAAUCGUUGGCUCUCGUGGACAUACGGCACCGCUGUGAAGAUGCACACGCUUUUUGGGCAAGAAGCAUUAUAUCUAUCAGACCCUCUUGCGCUGCAGCAUAUAUUUGUCAAGAAUCAGCAAGCUUUCGACGUAAACAACGCGUUCAUACAAAGCAAUCUUCUGAUGUUCGGAGAGGGACUGACUGCAACGCUGGACAAACAGCAUAAGAAGCAGCGCAAGAUGCUAAAUCCAGUUUUUGCCGUAUCAAAUCUACGGGAGCUACUUCCCAUUAUUCAGCCGAUUGCAAAUGAAAUGGCAUCAGUGUUCACAAAACAUGUACCUGCGGAUGGUACUACAACCGAAUUAGACGUGAUGCCUUGGCUCUCUCGAGGUGCACAAGAGUAUAUCUCCCAAGCAUGCUUCGGGUGGACGUUCAACGCCUUGGACCUCGACAAGCGCAAUACCUAUUCCGAAGCAGCGAGAAGAUACACGCCGGCUGCAUUGCGAGUGUCCUGGCUCCGCCCAUAUCUGCCCUUUAUUGUGAAAAUCUUUCCCCUAUCGUGGCGAACUAAGAUGCUCGAGUGGUAUCCUGGCGAAGAUAUGAAAAACUUCGUAUACAUCUUGGAUGUCAUGUACAAAACUAGCAAGCGCAUCUUCGGGGAGAAAAAGAAAGCUCUCGAAGGCGGGCUUGAGGGCAAAGCUAAUGUUAUUACCUCUGGAAAGUCUGAAGGAGACAUGGGUCCAGUCAUGCAAGGGAAGGAUAUCAUGAGCAUUUUACUGAAUGCAAAUGCAUCCUCGAAUCAAGCCGACCGUCUGACGGACUCGGAGCUCAUGGGACAAAUGAGCACUCUCCUCUUUGCCGGGUUUGAGACGACUACGUACGCUAUAUCGCGGAUACUCUGGGUGCUAGCUAGCCAUCCGGAAGCGCAGGCUCGCAUCCGGAGUGAGGUCAAGGUUGCCAAAGAGAGGUAUUUAUCGCAGGGCUUCUCUACUGUCGCUGCGUGGCAUGACGCCUCCCUUUCGUAUGACGACCUGACGGCGCUUCCGUAUCUCGACGCGGUAAUCCGAGAGACCCUUCGAGUAUACCCUCCGAGCAGCGUCCACUUCCGGAUGGCUUCGCAAGACACAACGCUUCCGCUGCAGUACCCUGUGAACUCCGUGGAUGGCAAGCCCGUUGACGCCAUUCCUAUCAAGAAGGGUACACAGAUCCUGGUCUCGAUUAUCGCCUCAAACCACAGCAAGGAAGUAUGGGGAGAAGACGCUUCCGAAUGGAAGCCUGAGCGUUGGUUAAACUUGGCUGAUAACGAGAUGCCUAAAGGGAUCACCGACUCCGUCAAGUACCCGGGUGUGUACUGUGGGAUGAUGACAUUUCUAGGGGGUCCAAGAGGCUGCAUAGGCUUCAAGUUCUCAGAGAUGGAAGCGAAGCAAGUUCUCGCCACCUUACUCCCCCGCCUCCACUUCGCCCUGCCUUCGGCAGUCGACGAAAACGGGAACAGAAAGGAGGUCUACUGGAAGAUGAGCGGACCGCAGAUACCCGUUAUACGUCCGCCGUUCGGCGACGGCACAACCGCGCAAGUACCUCUGGAUGUCCGACUCGUCAAGGAAGAAGAUUUCGCUAUUGAACCUGACGACGAGGACCUGAUUGCGCUGUGAAAGAUAGGGGAUACGGCGGACCAGCAACAGUUUGGACGUGUGCGCCUAUCU